CUCGACGAGUCGUAUUGAGCCUUGACGUGUUAUUUUUUUUUCCUCGACGCGACUGAAGUCCCCAGUGCUAUUCAACCCAGUGGCUCAAUUCCUCGUAUGACUCCAAUACAGGCACUUACGGACUAAUGUGCAUGCACCAAAAUAUUUAAAUCAGUUGAUCGAAGUGAGCAUUUGAAUUAUCGUGGGGAAAGUGUUUUUUCGAGGUUUACUAAAAUGCCGGUAUUUCAUACGAAGACCAUCGAGAGCAUCCUCGAGCCAGUGGCACAGCAGGUCUCGCGGCUCGUGAUUCUCCAUGAAGAGGCUGAAGAUGGCAACGCUAUGCCUGACCUUGGCCGCCCUGUGCAGGCGGUCAGCAUGGCUGUGACAAAUCUCGUCAAAGUUGGAAAAGAAACGAUCAAUUCCUCGGAUGAUGCCUUACUCAAGCAGGACAUGCCUUCGGCCUUGCAACGGGUUGAGGGGGCUUCUAGGCUAUUGGAAGAGGCUUCAGCAUUACUCAAACAUGAUCCGUACUCCGGACCAGCUAGAAAAAAACUGAUUGAAGGCUCUCGUGGAAUUCUCCAAGGCACAAGUUCCCUUCUCCUCUGCUUCGACGAGAGUGAAGUGAGAAAAAUCAUCCGUGAGUGUAAACGAGUGUUGGAUUAUCUCGCUGUGACUGAAGUAAUCGAAACAAUGGAGGAUCUUGUUCACUUUCUGAAGAAUUUGAGCCCCUGCUUGAGCAAAGUCUCGCGUGAAGUGAGCGCGAGGGAGAAGGAAUUGACGCACCAGGUGCACAGGGAGAUUCUAGUUCGUUGUUUGGAUCAAGUCAAGACACUGGCCCCCAUUCUCAUAUGCUCGAUGAAAAUAUUCAUUCAUAUUAUAUCGCAAGGGGGUAGGGGAGCCGAGGAGGCUGCCGAAAAUCGAAAUUACUUGUCUGGACGAAUGUCAGAUGAGCUGAAUGAGAUUAUUCGGGUACUUCAGCUCACUACUUAUGAUGAGGAAGAAUGGGAUGCUGAUCAAUUGACGGUCUUGAAGAAGGCACAGAGUGCUAUUGAAUCUCGUGUACGAGCAGCGCACGAUUGGCUGGACGACGGUAGGGCAAUGCGUGGUGGUGUCGGUGAAAAGAGUCUCAGACAAAUUAUUGAACAGGCGGAGAGGCUGGCUGAGAGGUAUUUGCACCCGGCACAGGCAGAUCCCUUGAAAAAACUCGCCGGUGAAAUUUCAACUAUGACAGAUGCACUCUGUGAACUUCGUCAGGAUGGAAAGGGAACUACACCGCAGGCAGAGUCCCUCGCUCGUGGAAUAAAGGAUAAAUUGAAUGAACUUCGGUCGUCAGUGGCAUCUGCUCUGGUGGCAGCUGACAAGUCUGGGCUUGCUCAGACAGCUCACACAGUGGCUGGACGUCUAGAACAGGCGAACAAGUGGCUAUUGAAUCCGCAACAGGAUGACAGGGGACUCGGACAGAGAGCCAUCGCCAUGAUUAUUCAUGAGGGUAAAAAGGUUGCGGAGGGUCUCCCAGGCAUUCACAAAGCGGAAAUUCUCCAGUUAUGCGAUGAAGUUGACACUCUAUCCCACCAACUGGCCGACCUCUGUGCCCACGGCCAGGGGAACACCCCCCGAGCCCAGGAGAUCGCCCGUCAACUGUCGCAGAAGCUCUACGAAUUGAAAAAUCGCAUUCAACAAGCCGUUGUCUCUCGAGUAGUCGAGGACUUCAUCGACAUAACGACUCCAUUGAAACAAUUCACCGAUGCUGUAUUGACCCCCGAAGGGACCCCAGGACGUGAGCAAAAUUUCAAUGAUAAAACCCACGCCCUCCAGAGUUUCUCCAGCAGAGCCGCCAAAACCGCGCGGAUGGUGGCAGCUGGGGGCAGUGGAGGCAAUAAAAAACUCGCUGAGGCUCUUCUCACGAGUGCAUCACAGGUGGAAUCACUCACUCCACAGCUGGUGAAUGCCGGAAGAAUCAGGAUGAGCUAUCCAGAGAGCAAAGCAGCUCACGAACACUUUGAAAAUUUACGCCAGCAAUUUGCUGAGACAAUGCAGAGAACUCGGGGACUUUGUGACGAAGCCACUGACAGUGCUGAUUUCAUCAGAACGUCGGAGGAGCAGAUGCAGAAGCACGCUUUUCUCUGUGAAGACGCCAUUGCCAAGCAGCAUCCACAGAAGAUGGUGGACAAUACUGCUGCCAUUGCCAGAUUGGCUAAUCGGGUUAUUCUUGUGGCUAAACAGGAGAGCGAUAACAGCGAGGAUCUGCCGUUUAUACAGAGGGUCAAUCAGGCUACUGAUGUACUUCAGCACUCUGUCACGCCGAUGGUGCAGGAUGCCAAGGCCGUGGCUAUGAAUAUUACGGAUGGACCCGCCAUUUCGAGGUGGAGGGAGAGCAAUCGAGCGUUGCUCAAUAGUGUGGGACAAGUUCGAAGGGCUGUUCACACCGAUCAGAGGACGUCUCCCGACUUGUCGCAAUUACGAAUUAAUGACGAGGCAAAAGUGCCACCACCUAGGCACACGUUUUUCGCUGACAAAGUGGGUGAACCGCUGAGAAAUCAGCCGUCUCCCAGCAAUUUGGGAGCAAUCAGUCCUAUCCUGGGUGUCGGAAAACCACAGCACGGCUCUGUUAGUCCUCUACCCAAAUGGGCACGUGGAGGAGAUAAUCCAGAUCUUCUGUACGAGGAACUAGCGUCUGACGAUGUUGACAAAUACCCUCACGCAGGAGAAAUGGCACCACCGAGGCCUCCACUACCCGGUGGUGAAGUGGCACCCCCACGUCCUCCACCUCCAGAGACUGACGACGAAGACGAGAUGUUCAUGCAUGCACCGCAGCCAAAUCAACCCAUCAUGAUGGCAGCUCAUGGACUUCACCAAGAGGUGCGUCAGUGGUCCAGCAAGGACAAUGAGAUUAUCGCAGCGGCGAAGAAAAUGGCAGUCCUCAUGGCAAGACUAUCUGGCCUUGUCAGAGGUGAAGGUGGCAAUAAACGUGAUUUGAUCGCAUGUGCUAAGGCCAUUGCUGAAGCUUCACAGGAGGUCACUCGUCUCGCUAAGGAGCUCGCCCGUGAAUGCACUGACAAGCGCAUCAGAACGAAUUUACUGCAAGUCUGCGAGAGAAUUCCUACGAUUGGAACUCAAUUGAAGAUCCUGUCAACGGUGAAAGCUACGAUGCUGGGUGCUCAAGAAAUGCUCCCCACCUGGGAAGAGCUGAUGCUAUAUGGUACCGAGGAGGAUCAAGAGGCAACCGAUAUGCUAGUCGGCAAUGCCCAGAAUUUGAUGCAAAGUGUGAAGGAAACAGUUCGUGCCGCCGAAUGUGCCAGUAUUAAAAUUCGCACAGCAUCGGGAAUGAAAUUACGCUGGGUAAGACGACAGCCCUGGUACCAGUACUAAAUCUAGCAUCAUCCGUCCUUCAUUCGCCGACACUAUUCUACUCAAUGCAGAACAGUACACCCGUCAUUUUCCAUGAAUGCGUUUCACGACUAUUCGAAAUAUUAAUUGUACCUCAUGGAAUCCACCCAAAAGUUCACACGAAAGUUUUCAUUUGAGGAAUGAAAUUAUUACUUGUAUUAUUAAUUCAUUAAUCAAUUAGUCUGAGGGGUUUUUUCAGCGAUGAAGUACCAUUUCUCAUUUCUGCUGUCACUGAACCACUCAAUUUUCAUUUUAACGUCGAGUAAUUACGUGAGGAAACAACAGAACAGAACAGAACAAUUCAGUUUUUCUUUAAGUUUCGAAAUCCCAAAUUAUCCCGAUAACGAGGGGUUUUAGGAAAAAAUGUCUCGGAACAUUUUUUGGAGAAUUUUUUAAGAUCUACAAAACAUAUCUUGUGAGAUUUUACUGCAAAUCCACUCGUUACAGAGAUAAUCAAGAAAAUCGGGAGGAGUUACGGAAAAUGUUCUGUUUUCAAUUUAAAAAAUUGAACCACGUACUGAUUAAUCAACCUAUUGACUUGUUUUUUAACAACGAAGAGCCAUCUUCUGGGGUCCCCGGAAGUUGCUGGAACUGCUGAAAUGCGGGGAAAAUAUUGCGCCAUAAAUUCUCAAUCACAAACGGAUGAAGAAAUCUGGAGGAUAGCUUGAAAAAUUUGUUCAUUUCUGAGGAACUCGAUGCAACGAGUUGAAGCUGGUCUGAAGAGGAUAAAUAAAUUCAAGAGAUGUUUAAAAAUACGAGGUGAUUAACAGGCGUGGCGGUUCAAGAUGGCGGCGCCUCCACCUCGUACUUUCAAACAUUUUUUAAAAUUAUUUAUCCUGAUGAGAUCGACCUCAACUCACUUCACUCGGUUUCUAUGAAACGGAUAAAUUUCUUAUGCCAUUUUUCAGGUUUUUCCAUUCCUUUUAGAUUUUUUCUCUCCCGAGGCCCCUUAACCUCUAUAUUUCUGAAAUAAUUCCGUCGGAAUUGUUCAUUCGUCUGUAAUUUAAUAGUGAAGUGGUAAAAUUUAACAGAAGAGAAAACUUCGUCUUUAUGAAUUCCUAAAUCUCAAAGUAUUUUGGUAACAAGUGGUCCCAGGGUAAAAGAUAAAAAAGUCUGACAUUUUUCCUCAUUCCACUUGUUCCCAAAAUGAUUCCUCAAUUAACAAAAUUCUAAUUUUUUAAUUACUGCGUUAAUUAUCGGAGUCUCGAUUUUUACGACUCCUGCCAGACAGGGUUAACUAUGAUUAACCAUCGUAUGUGUUUUAACAAUGUAUUUACAAGCACGUGCGGAACAAUUUCAUAGACAAACCUAGCGAAUUUACGAGACAACUCUAUUGAAUAUUCAUUAGCUUAUCUGCGCAUUUACUUUCAAUAGGAAAUAUACCACAGAAAAAAUCAAUGGUAUUCGAUUUUUCUAUACAACUCUU